GUCAUUUUACAAAUUUUAAUUUCAUAAAACAGUGUUCAAUUUCAGACUGCACUUGUCUAAUAUGAUCAUGCCUGUACAAACGGUAUGUGAAUCAUGUAAAUGCUUAAUUUAUGUGAAAUAUAUAUUAUUAUUAUUAGAGACACUAUGGCUAAGACGCCUGAGACUAAACUUAACACUUUACUAUAAACUUCUAAACCACUCAGUUUUUACCUCUACUAAUGGCACUCGACUUUCAGAUGACAAUGGCUACAAACUAAGACACACUAAGGGUACAGUGGCUAUCGAACAAUGUAAAACAGCCACCAGACAAAAGUUUUACUUGAUUAGGUAUGCACAGAUAUGGAAUAAACUACCAAUGGAAAUGCGUCAAGCAGGUACAUUGGCCUUCUUCAAAAAAGUGCUUAACGACAAACUACAAGAGUCUGCAAAUGAUAGUAGUCCUAGUUCCCAUCUGAGAGCCUCCGAAAUUAUAGGUCCAUUUAAUGUAUAAGCUUAAAUACUACACCUGUUGUUUUUUGCCUAUAUUUAUAAUUUUAGAUAAAACAUUAACGAUUAAGAUACUUACCCUCAAACAGACAAAAAAUUUCAUCUGUGAAACCUCUACCCAACACAAUAAGUGGAAUAAAAUGGCCAUAAACCGACAACAUGAAAAAGAUAUAACUCACCACAACAUCACAU